GAGCCCGCGCCCAGCAUGGAUCGCGGCUGGGGGCAGGGGGACGCGGGCUGGGCGGCGCUGCUGGUCCUCUUCGCCGCCUCGCUGCUCACCGUGUUCGGCUGGCUGCUGCAGUACGCUCGCGGCUUGUGGCUGGCGCGGGCCCGCGGGGCCCGGGGCGCGGGACCCGCCUCCGCCGCGGAGCCCGCGGGCCCCCUGCGGGAGCUGGGCGUGUGGCGCUCGCUGCUGCGGCUGCGGGCGGCGCGGACCGGCGCCGCCGAGGAGCCAGGCGUCCGGGGCCUCCUGGCGUCGCUCUUCGCCUUCAAGUCUUUCCGGGAGAACUGGCAGCGGGCGUGGGUGCGAGCGCUGAACCAGCAGGCCUGCAGGGACGGGAGCUCCAUCCAAAUCGCCUUUGAGGAAGUGCCCCAACUCCCACCCAGAGCCAGCAUCAGUCAUGUGACCUGCAUAGACCAAUCAGAGCGCACCAUGGUGCUGCGUUGCCAGCUCUCUGCUGAGGAGAUGCGGUUCCCAGUCUCUGUGACCCAGCAGUCCCCCGCUGCCGUCUCCAUGGAGACCUACCACGUCACUCUGACACUGCCACCAACACAGUUGGAAGUCAACCUGGAGGAGGUCCCUGAUGAAGGGCUGCUGGUGUCCUGGGCCUUCACUGACCGCCCAGAUCUCAGCCUCACGGUGCUUCCUAAGCUGCAGGCCAGGGAGAGAGGUGAGGAGGAAGUUGAGCUCUCCACAAUCGAGGAGCUGAUCAAGGACGCCAUAGUCAGCACCCAGCCAGCCAUGAUGGUCAACCUCAGGGCUUGCUCUGCCCCGGGAGGCCUGGUACCCAGUGAGAAGCCACCCACGAUGUCCCAGACCCAGCCAGUCAUUCCCAGACCUACGCGGUUAUUCCUACGGCAGCUUCGAGCUUCUCACCUGGGAAGUGAGCUAGGAGGCGCUGAGGAACUGUGCUGUGUGGCUGAGCUCGACACCCCCAUGCAACAGAAGUGGACCAAGCCCGUGAGGGCUGGUCCGGAGGUGGAGUGGACGGAGGACCUGGCACUGGACCUGGGACCACAGAGCCGGGAGCUGACCCUCCGAGUUCUGAGGAGUGGCAGCCAUGGAGACACCGAGCUCCUGGGCCAGGCCACACUGCCUGUGGGCUCCCCGUCCAGGCCACUGUCUCGGAGACAGGUGUGCCCACUCAUGCCAGGGCCAGGGAAAGCCCUGGGCCCAGCAGCCACCAUAGCAGCAGAGCUUCAGUAUGAGGAGGGCUCCCCCCGGAACCUGGGCACGCCCACCCCCUCCACUCCCCGUCCCAGCAUCACACCCACCAAGAAGAUAGAGCUGGACCGCACCAUCAUGCCUGACGGCACCAUCGUUACCACAGUCACCACCGUCCAGUCGCGGCCCCGUGGCGACGGCAAACUAGACUCCCCCUCCCGCUCCCCGUCCAAGGUGGAGGUGACCGAGAAGACGACGACCGUGCUGAGUGAGACCAGCGGCCCCAGCAAUACGUCUCACAGCAGCAGCCCAGGGGAGAGCCACCUUUCCAAUGGCUUGGACCCAGUAGCAGAGACAGCGAUUCGUCAGCUGACUGAGCCCAGUGGGCGGGCAGCCAAGAAGACACCCACCAAGCGCAGCACUCUCAUCAUCUCUGGUGUUUCCAAGGUGCCCAUUGCUCAGGACGAGUUGGCACUCUCCCUGGGCUAUGCGGCAUCCCUGGAAGCCUCCAUGCAGGACGAUGCAGGGACCAGUGGCGGCCCCUCCUCCCCGCCCUCCGACCCACCAGCCAUGUCCCCAGGACCCCUCGAUGCCCUCUCCAGUCCCACGAGUGUCCAGGAAGCUGACGAGACAACGCGCUCGGACAUUUCUGAGAGGCCGUCUGUGGAUGAUGUGGAGUCGGAAACAGGGUCCACUGGUGCCCUGGAGACGCGCAGCCUCAAGGAUCACAAAGUGAGUUUCCUGCGCAGUGGCACGAAGCUCAUCUUCCGCCGGAGGCCCCGACAGAAGGAAGCUGGUCUGAGCCAAUCACACGAUGACCUCUCCAACACGACGGCCACACCCAGUGUCCGGAAGAAGGCCGGCAGCUUUUCUCGCCGCCUUAUCAAGCGUUUUUCCUUCAAAUCCAAACCCAAGGCCAAUGGCAACCCCAGCCCCCAGCUCUGAGGGCCCUCCUCACCUCCUGCGCUAGGAGAGGGCGAGAGUUCUCUCAGCCCAUUUCCCACAUCCCCUUCCGUACCCCUUCCUGGGUUCCCAAUGCCGGGGCCAGGAAGGCCCUCUGGGUUCCAGGAAGCCUUGUCCACCCUGGGCCGUGGGGCCAGCUGGAAGGGUCCCCGCAGCGGGAAGCACGUGAGAAGUGGGCAUCCCCUGCCAAGGACACAGAAGUGGGAGCUGGCAGCGGGGGGCAGAGGCAGGCUCUGUCCUGGCACGUGCAGCAUCGCUCAGUUGUGCUGGCCUCCUGCUGACACUGGGCCCUGAGCAGAGUCCCGGGCCGCCCCCUCCUCCUCCCUUAUUUAUUCUUUUUUAUUUAUAUGUGUGGUCAAGGACCCUCAGUGAACAGGUGACAGAGGGCAUCUCCCAGGUGGCCCUUCUUUUCUGUCCCAAGAGGGUAGGCAAGUCCCUUCAGGAUGGGGCUCCCACGCCUCCCUCAGGUCCCCACUCAGACCAGCACCAGUGUCUGCCUCUGAGGGCGUUGGCAGCUCACAGGAAGCCGGGCUGGUGCCCGGGAUGGGGGGCAGGUACUCCCCACCACCCUGCUCCCCUCUGCUCCUCGCCCCUCCCUCCCCUUUCUUACCGUUUUUGUACUUGAUGCCUUCUCCAUGAGCAAUGGCUCGGUUGGAAGGAGGGAGCCAGGAGCCUGGUGGGAAACCUUCCCCAGAGAGAUGGCCUGAGGGCUUUAUGUAAAGACUGAUGAUGGAGCGAGAGCAAGGUGCACCUCUGUGUGUCGGGAGACGAUGAUGUCCAUUGCUGUGUGAUGGGUUGGAGUUUAACUUAUUAAAUUAAAGUCAAAUUGGAGUUUAUAAACUGGACAGCUGGUUAUCCUUUGAAAGGCAAACAGGCAGUGAGGUGAUGAUGCUGAGGGUGUGGAUGGUGAGAGAAAGGGGCCUGGAUGGUGAAAUAGGGCAGCUGACACAUAGUGGGUCUGCUAAGAAGCUCCCACAGAGGACUAUGG